GAGAAGCCAUUGGAGCGCAUCACGCUGCAGCUCAAUCGUCGCGCGCGCGCGCGAGAGACAUGGCGCAAUGGUGGGAGGAGUGGGAGCUGCGCACCCUCGUCCUCGCCAGCCUCACCGCCCAAUACCUCCUCGUAUCGAUUGCCGUAGUUCGUAAGUCUAAUCUAAAGCCACGCGUCUUCAUCAUUUUGUUCCGGCUGGCGCACAUCGGCAGCGACGCUCUGGCCAUCUUCGCCCUCGCCACGCUCUUCAACCGACAAAAGAAUGGGCCGGGGUGUCACUAUGCGCGUGGCAGCCGUGACUUGGAGCUGCUAUGGGCGCCCAUCCUGGUGAUGCAUCUCGGCGGACAGGUCGCCAUAACCACCUACAGGAUUGAAGACAACGAGCAGUGGGGCCGCCACAUGCUAACUUCUCUCUCCAAGGUUACAAUUGCACUCUAUGUGCUUUACAAGUCAUGGUCGGCAGAUGACAAGCGGUUGUUGGCUGCAACAAUUCUGCUCUUUGUCCUAGUGAUUAUCAGAUCCUUCCAGAAGGCACUAGAUCUUAAGAGCAGCAGCUUUGAUGCCCUGCGGCAGGCCAGCUUGACCGAGGAGCACGUCAUUCGGGGCAGCGCUGUCACGGAGGAAGGAAGUCUUGCCAACUUUAUAAUAGAAGCAAAACAAUUCAUAGAUGGGAGGGUAGAGCGGCGAUCAUGCGAAGAAGACCAACAAGACCUCCCAGGGCUAUCGUACCAGCUCUUUUUGGACUUCCCAAGUCCCUAUCCUGAGCGUGUCAAAAUCUUGAAGAAAUUCUGGCCGCUCGACCCCGGAUCAGCUUAUGAAGCAAUAGGGCGCGCGCUGUGUGCUAUGACCAGCUUCCUCUACACCAAAGAUGACAGCGCGCUCUUAGCUAUGAUCAGCUUCAUCCGCACCGGGGGUUAUCACCGACCACUUGUUGAUUUCAAGAAUGCGCUACCAUCAUUCAUCUGCCGUCGGCGGACGCACGCACUAGCUUAUGCAACGCUAGUGGCAGCCAUCUGCCUGGUGCACACGAGUAGCCACAGCAAAGCUCAUAGCGGUGAAGAUACCCGGGUUACACUUGUGCUCUUGUACGGUGCUCUCGUGCUGGAGCUGAUUUACUUCUGCGUACAAGCAGUUAGACCGGACGGCUUCUCCGGCGUAAUUCUCCAACACAGUAUUAUAGGACAGUUAGCCAAUAACAGAUGGCGCCCCAACAUGUUGAUGCUGAGGAGGGUCGCCGGAAGGUUUAACUGCAAGGAUUUGGUGGACCAAUACUUUACCUACAUGGAAUCUAGCCAUUCGUGUGAGGAGAUUACAGAAUUGGUCCGCCAGCAUGUUGAAUCGGGGUGGAAGUACAUACAUGACAAUGAGACUUACAGGAGGUUUAAUGAUGCCAGGGGCGAAUGGACGCUCGGCCGUAAGAAAUGUCUCCCGAGACUGGGUUGGAGCAUAAAGAGGCCAUUUGACGAGACCAUUAUUCUCUGGCACCUCGCCACUGAUUUAUGCUUCCAGUAUAUGGACAGGUCUCGUGAUGAUGGUCAUUGUGCCAGCCGCUGCAAAGUAAUAUCCAACUACAUGAUGCAUCUCUUGGUAGCUAAUCCUGAGAUGCUAAUGCCAGGCAGCAGAAAGAGCUUGUUCACAAAGGCCUACCACGAGCUCAAGAACAUCAGCACCGAACCCCAGGACGAGAUAGAGUUUAUACAAGCGGCAGUUCACAAAUGCAACCAAGGUUAUAGUGACAAAUCUUUUAUUCAGGACGCGUGGGAGCUCGCUGAAUUCUUGUUGGGUGAUGAACUUGGUGGUGAAGUCACCAGGAGGUGGGAGCUGAUCCAAGACGUGUGGGUGGAGAUGCUCUGUUUUUCUGCAGGCAGGUGCCGAGGAUACUUGCACGCCCAGACUCUGGGAGGUGGUGUGGAGUACCUCUCCUAUGUCUGGGUCCUGCUGACAUACGCCGGGAUGGAGACAUUUCCGGAGAAGCUUCAGAGGAGGGAGGGUCAGACGGUUGACGGCUACUACGAGUCUUUGGCUCCUCGUGGAAGAGAAGACCCUGCUGCUGCUGCUACAUCUGCUUCUGAAACUGAAGACUAUGUAUGAGCUCGAGGAUUGAUAUUCUGUUGAGUCCUUCCAUGUGUUAUCUCCUUACUUGUUUGCCUUGUCUGUUAAUAGGCGCCUCUACUUUUUAACCACUGAUAAGCAGUGCCAUGUCUGUAUCUAAUUAAUACUAUGUUGUCACUCCAGUCUUUCUCACUGUUCGGUGCAAGAUAUAUACUAGUAUGACUAAUGUAACUGCAACCCAUCUAAGACGACUGAAAUGUAUGUCUUCGUUUCA